AUGACAUCAUUUGGAGCAACAAAAAUUGUUCAUAAUGAAGAUGGACGUAAUUUUGAAUCUACAUUCAAGAUUCAAGGUCAAGUUUACCACCAAAUUGGUUCAUUGCUUCCAAUGCCUGAUGCUGAUCCAAAAUUCUUACAAAUUUAUUUUAUGGGUGAUGAGGAGCAACAAACCCAUACGCGCUGUGUAUACAAUCAUACGGAGCAAAUGGAGGAACGAGAAAUUGUGGACAUUUUGGAAACGUUUUUUCUAAACCAUAACCAAUUGUUACGAUUGUUCAAGACUCUUUCUAACAGACUGGAAUACGACAACUACGUCAUUGUUAUUAAAGCAGACAAAGUGCCCCAUGGAGAGCACGCAGGCACAUAUAAUGUUCCAACUCUUAAUGAAGUUGCAGUUGUUAUGGCUGGUGAUCCAUGUGAACGUCGAGAUAUUCGCAUACAACGCAGAGAUAACACGAUGCAAAUAAUUCAAGACAAUCAUCGUUCUUAUGAUGCACUGCAAUAUCCGUUGAUAUUUUGGGAAGGAGAAGAUGGAUAUCAUUUAAAUAUUAAACAACGGAAUCCAACUACAGGUGAAGAACUGAUCAAGAAAGUUAGUGCGAUGAACUUCUACGCAUACCGGUUGAUGAUUCGUGCUAAUGAAGAAAAUCACAUUCUCCGAUGCAGACAGCUAUUUCAUCAGUAUGUAGUCGAUAUGUAUGUUAAAAUCGAAAGUGAGAGGUUACG